UGAGGGCUAAACUGGGAAGUGCGCUGUAAGCUCACGGCCUGAGCGGGCAGAGUUCGGCCAAGUGGGAAAGAGCAAUCGCGCCGCCGCCACUACCAGCGCAACAGGUGCUUCUGGUCGCUGCCUUGAGCUGUGCGGGCCGGGAAGAUGCCCCUGGGGCUGAGGGGAAAGAAGAAAGGCAAGUCCAAGGAGACUUCGACGCUGGUGGACGGCGAGGCUCCCCUAGCGCGAGGGCGAGGCGACGACGAGGUCGGGGCCGGCGCUAGCGCUCGUGCCGGGGCUGUAGGGGCCUCAGCGCCGCAGGGUCCCGUCCGGUUGGUUUUUCACACGCAGCUGGCGCACGGCAGCCCCACUGGGCGCGUGGAAGGUUUUGGCAGCGUGAAGGAGCUUUACGCUAAGAUAGCCGAGGCGUUCCGCAUUGCCCCGGCCGAGAUCAUCUUUUGCACUUUGAAUACACACAAAAUUGAUAUGGACAAGCUUUUGGGUGCGCAAAUUGGUCUUGAAGACUUUAUAUUUGCUCAUAUAAAAGGAAUAAAAAAAGAAGUGGAGGUUUUCAAAUCAGAAGAUUCACUUGGACUUACCAUUACUGAUAAUGGAAAUGGAUGUGCCUUCAUAAAGAGAAUUAAAGCAGGCAGUCUUAUUGACCAAAUAAAAGUGAUAUGUGUUGGUGACCACAUAGAAUCUAUAAAUGGAAAAAGUGUUGCAGGCUAUCGUCACUAUGAAGUUGCUAAGAAUUUAAAGGACUUGAAGAAGGGUCAGACAUUUACAUUAAAACUGAUAGAACCUAUGAAAUCAUUUGAAAUGAUCGAGCCAAGAUCAAAAAGUGGAAAUUUUGCAGAGGAGAAAAUCUGCCGAGGAAGAGAGACUUUUCGACUAAGAUCCAAAGGCUCUGCUACAGUGGAAGAAACUCCUUCAGAUGUUGAAGAAAAGGCUACCAAAAAAGUGGAUGAUCUUCUGGAAACGUACAUGGGAAUAAGAGACCUUGAACUAGCUGCAACUAUGGUAGAAGCUGGAAAAGGCAAGAACAAUCCAGAUGAAUUUGCAGUAGCUCUUGAUGAAGCUUUAGGAGAUUUUUCAUUUCCAGAUGAAUUUAUCUUUGAUGUAUGGGGAGCCAUUGGUGAUGCUUUGCAAGGGCGAUUUUAAUGAGAGGCAUUCAUUAUAUAGAGCACUGUAACAGCUGUGUGGGGACAUAACAUGUAUAGCCAUAUACAUGGCAUGGUGUAUAAACUACGUAUUCUAAAAGAAGUAUUUAAAUAUUUACAAACCUGGACAAAUUAUAUGCAUUUAGGGCUGUAUCUGUACAAAGCUUUUAGGCUGAUAUUGAAUUUAAUUUAAAAUACUCACUUGGAAUCUUUGUAGAACAGAAUUCAUGUACUUCCUUUGUAUAUUUACUGUUCUAAAUUAACACAAGCAAUAGUUCAAAGGAUCAUGAUGAAUCUGUUUCCCAUGAAAACUAAUUGUAUUUCUGAUUAUGAAAGAUUUUAUGGAGCUGAUGAAAAUAUACUGAACCUUCAAUAUAUUUUCACUAAGAAAAUUACUGCUGAAUUUUCAUUAUUCAAACAUCUCUUUUCCUGAACAGUAUUCUACAGUUAGGAUGGUAUGGAGAAGGAGGAAAACUACAUUCAUAGAGUUCAUUGACAACGGUUGCAGAAGUAUUAUUUUAAUAAAAUUUUUAGUCCUUUAUAGUAAUAGUUGAAGAAUCUUUGGGAAGGGCUGGAAAUGUCUGAAUCACUGAAAGUUGUUGUCAUUCACAGUAGACAGGAUUGAGAUAACUGAAUCUGUAAUUAGAGGCUGUGAAUCUUUCUUCCCAUUCUAAAGUCCAAAGAACUUUGGAGGUCACCAGUUUGGUGAAAGCUAUUAAAAGUAGUUUUAAUCUUUUAAAAUUGGUAUAUUACCAGUGUUAGAGAAAUUCUUAAAACUUACUAGGUUUAUUCAUGGCAAAUCAUGGCUUGUUUAAUCACAAUUUAGUGAAUAAACUACAGUUAGGUGGGUUCAAGCAACGUAAGAAAUAAUACACCAUGAUUUCUACUAAAUGUUAAGCCAAAACUACAUUAUGGUUUAAUGCAAUAUAUGAAGCAACCAGUAUUUGAUGGGCUGAAGCAUUAUGGAUAAGAGUCCUAGAACUUAGGCAGUUGUCAUGAGUGAUUCUUAAAUCAGUUUUGACUUUUCUUAGUGUUGUAGAUCAAAUGAACAGAAUGUGAAAGGAUGUAUCUUUUAAUUCUAAACUAAUUUUAUAUUAUUCAUGGUGAUAUAUUCCAGACCAAUAUGCAUUUUUGGUGUGAGGAUGGUAACGGCCAUUCUAUCAAUAUAUAUUGAGGAAAGACAAAAUGGUUUGUAAAUUUUCAGUGCACAACAACCUUGAAUAACACUUUGCUGAUGCCUAUUAUAAGCUCUCAGGAAUCUGGCAUUUCUUUAAAUGUCUUUUUUAAAAUUUUACAUUUUGGGGAUACUUGUAGGAAUUGCUGAUACAAGAUAAAAAGAGAUGUAACAAGAUGAGGUACUGUAUGAUGUGUUCCAUCACAAACUGCUCUUGUGCAGAUGAGAGUUGAGCAAAGCUCCUGAUUUGAAUGGAUUAAUGGGUGGAUGAAUCUUAUGGAUGAGAAGUUCCUAAGAAAUCAAAAGGUGAUUCUGAUUAUUUUAACUUAAAUAUUGCCUUUAAAAAAGUAAUUUGUAAAUAUUUACAUGCUGCUGUUAUAAAAUCAGUGAAAAUGUGUUUAAGCUUUAGCUUUUAAUUCUUGUAAAUAUUGGGCUACUGAGGAAUUGCUAAUGUGCCAAUACUAUUACUGUUACUGCUGCUACUACUACUGUGAGAGAAAAUGAGAUUAAUAGGACACAUUCCUAAGUCCUUAGUUUUCAUUGGAGUGUUUAUCUUUUGAGAUUCUUUAAACUUUGGGACCAGAUAUAUCUGUCCUAUCCAAGGUUGAAGAGACUACUAGCUCUUUGUGUAUAAAAAGUCUAAAUGAUACAUUCAGUCACUUCAAACUUGAACACACACACACAACUAAUCAGUUGUAUGAAAUGAAAUGUACUUUUUUUUACUACUUUAAAUUUGGAAUACAGGGCUGUUAGUCUAAUUGCACCAAAGUGAGUUUAACCUAUUUCUGACGUCAUAGAAGAAAACAGAAUUCUGUACUAUAGCUCAUAAAGCCAGCUGGGUGACUUUGGGGCAGUUACUGUCUCUCAGCCCUAGAGAGAUGGCAGUGGCAAACCACUUUCACAAAUCUUGCCAAGAAAACUGCAUGGAUUUGUCUAGGCAAUUGCCAGGAGCAAAGAAUGUCUUGAAGGCACCAAAAACCAAACCAAACCAAACCAAAAAAACAAACCAGCCCUCUUUGACUUACUGCUUCAAAUUAUGGACUAGUUCCUACAUCACAUGAAACCACUGCAUCUAUGAGGAGAACGUAGAGAUAAUGCUCAGAUUUCCAGUGGACUGUCCUAUAUAAAUUUAGUUUUUGUGUGAAUUCUAUCAGUGGACGUUACUAUAGUUGGAACCUCUGAUGUAAUGGAACAACGUGUCUUUUAUAAUCUUAAAGUAUCUGAAAUAGGGAUGGAUACUUGUUAAAGCUAAUUUCAAAGUUUGGGGAAAAUUAUGUGCAAGAAAAUUAUUUUUAUUUCUCCUGUUCUUGUCCUAAUUGGCUUGUUGCCAAAUCAUUUACAGAAGAACUUAACGGCAAGAUCACUGCAAUAUUACAUUUCAGUAGAUCUGACAUAAUGUAAAAGUUAGGAAGCUAGUGUACCAUUUUAAUCAUUUUGCUUUAAACUGGUUGGAACUGACACUGUAGAGCAUCCAUUUAAGUGCUGCCAACUUGAAUUCUGAUACCUUUCUCAUCUCUCUCUGUCUCACACACACACUUUGUUCUGUAUUGUGCUAUUAAAUUCUUACUCUCUUUUAAAAUAAAAUUACUUAAUUCUUUAA